ACCAAUGAGAUCACAACUCAGCUUCUCACUUAUCUUUCUUUCCUUUUCAUUUUUCCUGCUUUGCCUACUCUACCCACUCUCUGUGACACUUGAUUUUGGGUAACUGGUCAAAGAAAAGAAAGAGAGAAAGAAAGAAAGAAAGAAAGAAAGAUGAGUUCUUCCAUGCAGAAGGACAAAGAUUUGACGAAAGCUGACAUUGAUAGUAAAGAUUGGAAAUCUUCUCUAGCUCUAAUUUUCAGAUAUGCUGAUUGGGUUGAUGUUUUGCUUAUGUUGUUGGGUACUUUGGGAGCAAUUGGAGAUGGAUUGUCCACCAACUGCUUAUUAGUUUUUGCUAGCAGUCUUAUGAAUAGCUUAGGGUAUGGUAAGACCCAAGGCAACCAUGGAAAUUUCAUGGAUGAUGUUAAAAAGUGCAGUUUGUACUUUGUAUACUUGGGUUUAGCAGUUCUGGUUGUGGCUUUUAUGGAAGGUUAUUGUUGGAGCCGAACCAGUGAAAGGCAGGUGCUAAGGAUUCGCUACAAGUAUUUAGAAGCUGUUCUUAGACAAGAAGUUGGGUUUUUUGAUUCACAAGAAGCAACCACUUCAGAGAUUAUAAACAGUAUAUCCAAUGAUUCUUCACUCAUACAGGAGGUUCUCAGUGAGAAGGUGCCCAUUUUUAUGAUGCACACAUCUGUGUUCAUCUCAGGACUUGCAUUCUCAACUUACUUUUCAUGGAGGCUCUCUUUGGUAGCCUUUCCCCUAAUUAUUUUACUCAUCAUUCCUGGGAUGGUUUAUGGAAAAUACCUCCUCUACCUGUCCAAGAAGUCCCAUAAGGAAUACACAAAAGCAAAUACUAUAGUGGAACAGGCCCUAAGCUCUAUUAAGACCAUCUAUGCAUUCACUGCUGAGAAAAGAAUCCUGGAGAGGUAUUCAGCCAUACUGGACAGAACAGUGAAGCUUGGGAUCAAGCAAGGAAUUGCUAAAGGAAUUGCAGUGGGGAGCACCGGGCUUUCAUUUGCUAUAUGGGCUUUCCUUGCUUGGUAUGGAAGCCAAUUGGUGAUGUACAAAGGAGAGAGUGGAGGAAGGAUUUAUGCUGCUGGGAUUUCAUUCAUCAUGGGUGGACUGGCUCUUGGGAUGGCACUCCCUGAUCUAAAAUACUUCACGGAAGCUUCAAUGGCCGCGAAUCGAAUGUUUGAAAGGAUCGAUCGGAUUCCAGCCAUCGACAGUGAAGACACAAAAGGUCUAGUACUAGAACAAGUACGCGGUGAACUUGAAUUCGAGAAUGUCAAAUUCACCUACCCAUCUCGACCAGACUCCAUUGUCCUGGAGAAUUUCAAUCUUAAGGUUCAAGCAGGAGAGACUGUUGCCUUGGUGGGUGCAAGUGGGAGUGGGAAGUCGACUGCCAUAGCUCUGGUGCAACGCUUCUAUGAUGCUGAUAGUGGAUUUGUGAAGGUUGAUGGUUUGGAUAUAAAGACACUGCAACUCAAAUGGCUAAGAGGGAAAAUGGGUCUUGUGAGCCAAGAACAUGCCCUCUUUGGGACUUCCAUCAAGGAGAACAUUCUGUUUGGAAAACCAGAUGCAACCAUGGAUGAGAUCAUUGCUGCAACCAUGGCUUCAAAUGCUCAUAACUUCAUAAGACAACUACCUGAAGGCUAUGAAACCAAGAUCGGUGAACGCGGAGCUUUUCUUUCUGGUGGACAAAAGCAAAGGAUUGCCAUUGCUAGGGCUAUCAUCAAGAACCCUGCAAUUCUCCUCUUGGAUGAAGCCACCAGUGCCCUUGAUUCAGAAUCUGAGACUAUGGUUCAGAAUGCACUAGAUCAAGCCUCCAUGGGGAGAACCACUUUGGUGGUUGCACAUAAGCUCUCUACAGUAAGGAAUGCAGACCAGAUAGCAGUGGUGAGUGGGGGAAGCAUCAUAGAAAUGGGGUCUCAUAACGACCUCAUCAACCGAAAAAACGGUCACUAUGCCAGACUCGCAAAACUACAGAGGCAAUUCAGCAGCGACGAUCAAGAACGUGAAUCCCGUUUGCCUUCUUCUGUGACCAGAAGCAGCACCGGCCGCUUUAGUAUUCGAUCAAGCCCUGCUUCGUUCGCUUCUCCAAUGGCCACCCUUGUGAACUACGACGACCAGAAUAUGAAGUCUGCCGCCUCUCGCUCUCCUCCAUCAUUCUCUCGACUUCUACUCCUCAAUUCCCCUGAAUGGAAGAAGGGUGUCAUGGGUAGUCUCUCUGCAAUCGUCUUUGGCUCAGUUCAACCCGUUUAUGCCUUAACCAUUGGAGGUAUGAUCUCUGCUUUCUUCCUCCAAAACCACGAUCAGAUGCGUGCUCACAUCCGCACAUAUGCCCUCAUCUUCUGCUCUCUUUCCCUCGUCUCCAUCAUUGUGAACCUCACCCAACAUUAUAAUUUUGCUUACAUGGGUGAGCAUUUAACCAAGAGGAUUCGAUUGAGAAUGCUAGAGAAGAUCUUGACAUUCGAAGCGGCAUGGUUUGAUGAAGAGGAGAAUUCGAGUGGAGCUUUGUGCUCCAGGUUGAGCAAUGAGGCUUCCAUGGUGAAGUCAUUAGUGGUAGACAGGGUAUCACUUUUGUUGCAGACCACAUCGGCUGUCACGGUUGCAAUGGUAAUGGGUUUAAUUGUGGCUUGGAAGCUUGCAUUGGUGAUGAUUGCGGUUCAACCAUUGACGAUCCUCUGUUUCUAUACAAGAAAAGUUUUGCUUUCUAGUAUUUCUUUGAAUUUCAUAAAGGCACAGAACCAGAGUACCCAGAUUGCUGUAGAAGCAGUUUAUAAUCACAGGAUUGUAACUUCUUUUGGGAGUGUAGGGAAGGUGCUCCAGUUGUUCGAGGAAGCUCAGGAGGAUCCAAGGAAGGAAGCAAGGAAGAAGGCAUGGUUGGCAGGGAUAGGGAUGGGUUCGGCUCAGUGCUUGACAUUCAUGUCUUGGGCGCUGGAUUUUUGGUUUGGGGGUAAAUUGGUGGAGGCAGGGCAGAUACCUGCAGGGGCUGUGUUUAAGACGUUCUUCAUAUUGGUGAGUACAGGCAAGGUCAUUGCUGAGGCUGGUAGCAUGACUUCUGACCUCGCAAAGGGGGCAACCGCCGUGGCAUCCGUCUUCGAGGUCCUCGACAGGGAAUCCCUCAUUCCAGGCUCCUAUCAGGCGGGUGGUGAAGAAGGCAAGAAUGGAGGUAGGAAGUUGGAGUGGAUAAGCGGUGGGAUAGAAUUGAAGAAAGUUGAUUUCGCAUACCCAGGUAGACCGGACUGUCUAGUGUUGCGGCAGAUGAGCUUGGAGGUUAAGCCAGGGAUGAGUGUGGGGCUGGUCGGAAAAAGCGGGUGUGGUAAAUCGACGGUGAUCGGACUAGUACAGAGGUUCUAUGAUGUUGAGAGGGGGGGAGUGAAGGUGGAUGGAGUGGACAUAAGAGAACUGGACAUCAGAUGGUAUAGGAGCCACACAGCUCUAGUCAGCCAAGAACCUGUCAUCUAUUCGGGCAGCAUAAGGGACAACAUUGUUUUUGGAAAGCAAGAAGCAUCAGAGAAUGAGGUGGUAGAGGCUGCCAAAGCUUCUAAUGCUCAUGACUUCAUCUCAUCACUAAAAGAUGGAUACGAGACGGAAUGUGGGGAGCGAGGAGUACAAUUAUCAGGAGGACAGAAACAGAGGAUCGCAAUAGCGAGAGCGAUCAUAAGAAACCCAACAAUACUGCUACUAGAUGAGGCUACAAGUGCUCUUGAUGUGCAGUCUGAGCAAGUUGUCCAGGAGGCUUUGGAUAGAAUCAUGGUGGGGAGGACAACCAUUGUCGUCGCACAUCGACUUAACACCAUCAAGAAGAUGGACUCCAUUGCAUUUGUAGCAGAUGGGAAGGUGGUAGAAAGAGGAACCUACGCUCAGCUUAAGAGCAAGCAAGGAGCCUUCUUCAAUCUAGCCACUCUUCAACAAACCUAAACCAUGUACUGCAAAUUGCAACUACCUCAGGCCAAGUUGGUCCAUGUAUGUUGUAUAUUUACUAGUCCAUAAUCCAUAAUAAGAAUGAUAUAGCCUUAAAACC